GUUGUUUUGGGCGGGCAGGCAAAAAAAAAAAAGAAGAACCCCGGAUAGGAAUAAAGACAUAGUUGUAACUUUUGUGUGUGUGGACUUUUUUCUUUUAACAAACACCAAUAUAAAAAAGUUGUUAUAUUAAUUUAUAAAAAGAUGUCUGCUCAACAAGAAGCUACUUUUACACACACCAAAUUCGUUGAUCCCACUCCUCUUCCUGCUUCAGUUCCCCAUGUUGAGGAAAUCGGUGCCACUUCAGCACCUUUAAAGAGUGCUUCAUUUUUCAUUGGACAAUACUGUAAAGAAUAUAACGAUGAUUUCAUGCUCUGUAAGAGCGAGAACAAUGAUCCUAAGCAUUGUCUUACCGAAGGCAGAAAGGUCACUCGUUGUGCCAUCAACUUGAUCACCAAGCUUAGAGAAAAUUGUGGAAAGGAAUUUGAAGCACACUGGCAGUGUUUGGAAAAGAACAAUCAGGAAUUCUACGCUUGUCGUACUCCUGAACGUACUUUCAAUACCUGUGUUUUUGAGAAAUUGGGUUUGGAAAAGAAGAUUCCUGGUUCCCCAGAAGGACAAGAACAAGUCCACAACAAGAAGGAUCCCGUUAUUAGAACUCACUUGAAGUAGAUAUUUAAAUAAAUUCAAUAAUUC